UAAAUAAUGCGCUUGAAUCUGAUCUACAUGCAGACCUGAACGCAUGUGCUUAUUUUAGUGUAGCAUUAGACGAGUCAUGCGACAUACAGGACAAGCCACAGUUGGCAAUAUUUGUACGAAUGAUUUCUGAGGACUGCGUGGUGAAAGAAGAGCUUCUCGAUAUUGUCCCAUUAAAAGACAGAACUCGCGGCACUGACGUAAAAGAAGCAAUGAUGGAAGUAUUCAAAACAGCGAAUAUGUCUUUAGAAAAACUCACCGCAAUAGCCACGGAUGGAGCGCCAUCGAUGAUUGGUUCUGUGAACGGCCUUGUGGGCCUUUGUAAGGGUGAUGACCUCUUCCCCGAUUUUUGGAAUUUUCACUGCAUCAUCCACCGGGAGCAACUCGUGUCUAAAACACUGAAUUUAGACCACGUCAUGAAACCUAUGAUGGAGAUUGUGAACUACAUCCGCACGCAUGCCCUUACUCACCGACAGUUCAAAAAUCUCAUUGCUGACCUAGACGGAGACUUGCCAGGUGACUUGCCACUGCACUGCGCUGUAAGAUGGCUCUCAAGAGGUAAAGUGGUUUCACGCUUUUUGGAGCUUUUGGAACCAGUAAAAUUGUUUAUGGCAGAAAAGAACAAAAGUUACCCUCAGCUCUCAGACCCCAAAUGGCUUAUGGAUUUGGCUUUCUUAGUGGACAUGCUUUCACACUUGGACAAACUAAACCUGGACCUGCAGGGGAAAUGAAAAACUCUUCCUGAUCUGACACAAAGUGUAUUCUCCUUUGUUAACAAGGUGAAGCUGUUCAAAGUGCACAUUCAAAAUGGCAAUCUGUCCCAUUUUCCUUCAUUGCGCAGCGCCCAGCAGAAGGCUGGCAUUAAAAUGAAUAUGGGUCAGUACGUGAAAAUGCUUGCGCAACUGCACGGGAGCAUUACUUCGCGUUUUGAGGACCUGCAGCAGAAAAGACCACAGAUCGCUCUUCUCAUCGACCCUUUUAAUGCAGAGGCAGACUGCCUCAAAUCCCCGCUUGUCACUGAUGAGGCAGCGAGUGAACUGGAGAUGAUUGAGCUACGCGAGGAUGACAGACUGAAAUCUCUUUUGAAAGAAGGCCCUGUUGCGUUUUGGAGAGUUGUGCCAACUGAAAAAUACCCGUGUGUAAAAAGAGCCGCCCUCAAACUGCUGUCGAUGUUCUCCUCAACAUAUGUCUGCGAAUCCCUGUUUUCUACCUUGAAACACGUGAAGUCCAAGCAUCGGUCCGUUCUGACUGACAUUCACGUAAAGGAACUGCUCCGAGUGGCUACAACUGAAUACCAACCUGAUUUGCAGAGGAUUACUAGAAACAAGAGAUGCCAGAAAUCCCACUGAGAUUAUCACCCCAUCACCUCCAGCAAGAUACUGCUGCUAACACCACUGAUACAUCAAGUACAACAACAGAAUUGCAGACGAAGAUAGUUGGAGAUUCAGAUAGCUCCAAGAUCGAAGUGGUUUCAGUUACGGAGGAAGAUUUCCCCACGGUAGAAACCCCCAACACUCUUAUUAUCAGUCCCCUUGGCAGCUUUAUUGCAGAUUUUAGACCAGAGAAAGAUCCAGGCAACCCAGAAGAGCUUUAUUCUCAAGCUGCACCCAGUCCAACCAUGCCAGUCACAAAAGUUCAGCCUUUUGUUCAUGCAGACAAUGACUUGGAUAAGGGAUGGAAAAACAGACUCAUUCCUCAUCGAUUUGAACUGCUGAUUGCUUCAAGCCUCGUCUUGAUGAUAGUUCUUGUUCUCGGGAUUGGCCUUGGAGUGGGUCUUAGCUGUGUGGGAAGGUUUCGCUGCGGUUCUUCAUCCCAGUGUGUCAGUACUAUGGCUCGGUGUGAUGGAACAAUGGAUUGUGAAAACCAUGAAGAUGAGCUUGGUUGUGUACGUCUAAGUGGCAGGAGCUCAGUUCUGCAGGUUCAAAAGAGAGGAGAAUGGAGGACAGUGUGCUCUGAGGACUGGAACUACCAGCUAGGGAUCUCUGCCUGCAAGCAACUGGGAUACUCAAGUUAUGUGGAGUCCUCCUUCAUCUCUCUGACCUCCAUCGAGCAGGACCUUCAAACCAACCUAAUUUCCAUCAACUAUAACCAGUCAGAGGUCAUUAAGCUUCAGAAUGCUGCAACUUUCAGUAAGAACCAGUGCACCUCAGGCAAGGUGACCACUCUGAAAUGUAUUGUGUGUGGUUCUAGGCCUCUGUACAACACUCGAGUUGUGGGGGGUAAUAUCUCCAAACCAGGUCAGUUUCCCUGGCAGGUCAGUCUCCACUUCCAGAUGGAACAUAUUUGUGGAGGCUCCAUCAUAACGUCAAGCUGGAUCCUUACUGCAGCCCAUUGUGUGUUUGGAUUUGAAAACUCUUCCCUGUGGACGAUUCAUGUGGGGCUGACAGAACAGCUGAUCCAUGGUGCCCAUUCUCUGGCUGUAAAGAGAAUUAUACACCAUCCUCACUACUGGCAUAAAGGACUGGAUUACGACAUUGCACUGAUGAGGCUACAGGAGCCGCUUGUUUUUGAUGGUCUUGUGCAACCCAUUUGUUUGCCUAACUAUGGAAAGGAGAUUACAGAAGGUACAAUGUGCUGGAUAUCUGGUUGGGGAGCCACAGAAGAAGACGGGGAGUCCAGUGUUGUUCUACACUCAGCUAUGAUACCGCUCAUCUCUACCAAGACCUGCAACCAGGCAGAUGUUUACAAAGGCUUAAUCUCUUCUUGGAUGAUAUGUGCAGGAUAUCUGGAAGGAGGAAUUGACUCCUGUCAGGGGGACAGUGGAGGCCCACUUGCAUGUGAAGAGUCAUCCGUGUGGAAGCUUGUUGGGGUAACUAGUUGGGGGAUUGGCUGUGCUGAGAGGAACAAACCAGGAGUUUACACUAGGGUUACAAAGGCACUCAGCUGGAUCCGCCUACAGAUGGAAAGAGAAGAGGACUGAAGUCUGCCAAUUACAACAUAUAACGGAAAAUUAAGAUUUGACCAACAUCCUUGCUUCAAAGAGAUUCAUAUCAAACAACUUUAAAAAUCUUUGAAGUGGGACAGAAAUAUCUA